ACGACCACCACAGUCGCCCCAUCCCUUCACCCUCGGACGCCUCUCUUCCCUCUGAGAUCGGCCAUGUCGCUGCUCGUCCUGUCUGCCUCAGAUGUCGACCGCAUCACGGUCAAUUUAUCGCCCACCGGGCUCAUACAAUCCAUGGUCGACGUCUUCAGCACCGUCAGCCGUUCAAGCUCUCCUUCCGCUGAAGAGGCCUACUGUCUUCCGCAUCGAACAACCAUAAACAUGUCUCAUCACAAAUCGCUCUUCAUGCCAUCCCGCGUAGCCUCUAUCGGAACAGCCAUAAAGAUCGUGUCUGUGCCCACCUCCCCCGUCGCUCAAUCCGGUGGCCUCCCAGCAUCUACCCUCGUACUAGACGAACAAACAGGCCGCGCCAAGGCGAUCGUCAACGCACGUAGCCUCACUGCACUCAGAAAUGCCGCAGGAUCCGCGCUCGCAACCAAACUGGCCCUCUCCUUCCCCCGGCCCCGGCGUGACUACGAACCCAGAGUCCUCGUGCUCUUCGGCGCGGGCCAGCAAAUAGCAGCACACGCACACCUGUUCCUGCGCGUCUUCCCAUCUCUCAAAGAAUGCCACAUCAUCAACAGAUCCGACAACGCCCGCCUGCAGGAUCUCACGACAUCUCUCGAGCGCGCAUAUCCUACCAUAAUCAUCCAGUCACACGCAGGAGAUAGGCGGACAGUCGAUGAAACAAACACGGUGGUCGGGUCUGCAGACAUCAUAUGCACCGCGACGUCCUCCACCGCCCCUCUCUUCCCGGCGGACUUGGUCAAAACCGGCGCUCAUCUCAACCUCAUCGGGAGCUUCACGUCCCACAUGAAGGAAAUCAGUGUCGAGCUCGUACACCGCGCUGGGCCCGUCAUUGUCGAGACGGCAGAAGCAGCGCUCGCAGAAGCAGGAGAGCUGAUCGAGGCUGGAUACGAGAGGGAGAAUGUCGUCGAGAUCGGGAAGCUCAUCAACUCAGGGGAAGAACGGAGGAGCUUUUACUCAAGAGCGGUUGAUGUGACGAUCUUCAAAUCCGUCGGUAUCGGUCUGCAGGACGUGGCUAUCGCCAGUCUUGUCGUUAAAAAGGCGAAGGAGCUUGGUUGGUCUCUGCUGUUCAAGUCUUUCAGCUCUGCAGCAGACUUCAAGGCCUCGGAUAUUCAAGCAGUCGCAUUACUCUGUGUAGCUCUGUACGAUUAUGGUAUCUCCUCCCCGCACAUUUUAUCUAUGCGAUUCGAGUCUCACGCUGAAUGGGCAGUGGGAUCGCUUCCCGCAGAAAUCGACCUCGUCUGGCUGACGCUGUGUUUAAGGAUCCCUGUUAUCAUAUACGGAGUUAAAAUAAGAUAUAAUGUACCCGAGUUGACUCUUUUAUUGAUCCGAGUCUGUGCCGUGUACAACAACAACAGCAAGAUGAAGUUAAUCCUGUGCUUCCUCCUAUCCCUCGAGGUUAUUGUAACUCUAUACGGCCAAUUUGGGAGCAAUUCACAUAAUCCGUUCCGCUACGCAAUGCUGGUUUACGUCCCCAUACUAUCCUUCGAGUGUCUUUUACUUGCUCUGCUGCUAUACGGGCUGGUUUUCUCCCGAACGGCAUCGCUACAACUGAAUCUAAACAAGGAGAACAGAUGGACGUCGCUAUUGAUGGUCGUAUUGCGCGACGGCUGUCUCUACUUUGUGAUAACACCUCUUUGUGCUUCCAAGAGGCGCCGCCGCGCUGGCCACCCUGUCGACAGCAAAGUCCGCAAAGAACUUGCGCACGUUGUCCUCGCGCACGGACCAGGGCCCGCUGUUGAACUUGAGCUUGAAGUGCUCCUUGCCGUUGCACACGAACGCCUCGAGCACCACCGUGUCCUGCUCGCGCUGCUGCUGCUGCCGCGUGGCUUUCCCACCUGGCCGGUGCGAGAUGGGCGACAGCGAGCGGGAGGGCGAGCGCACGCCGGCGCGGUGGCGGUUUCCGAGUGGGCGGGCGUAGAUAGGCGUGUGAUGGAGGCGGUGUCGAGGAAGGUUGUGGAGGCGGGGGCGGGUCUGCUGGUGGCGGGGGCGGUAAAGACGACGGCGGCGGGGGUGGAGGUGGUGGAGGAUGCGACAGAGGUGGUGGUGGUGGUGGUGGUGGUGGUGGAUGUGACGGCGGCGGAGGGGGAGGGGGAAGAGCGUCUUCGGGUGGUGGUGGAGGCGGAGGCAGUUCAGAUGGAGGCUCUGGGGGUGGCGGUCGCAUUUAGGAUUGGAAAGAUUUUCGAUUUGAGGGAACAGAAAACUUGA